CACUCGGAAGCAUUUGACAGACGCACACAGUUACAAUGGCAACAUGUAGCGACUCCGUGGAUGAUUUAAAUGAACCUGGAGCUGCACCUCAUGGAAACUUUAUAAACUACUACACCUUUAAUCCUCCAGAGAACCGUCUGAGUCUGAUUCCCGCUUCUCUCCUCCAGGAUUUAGGUUACAACCGCGGGGAAGAGAACACGCUACUUUUGGACGUGGGCUGUAAUUCUGGGGACCUGAGUGUAGCCUUUUACAAGCAUGUGGUGCAGGAGCCUGUGAGUGAAGACGAGUCAGAGAAGAGCAGAGUUCAUCUCCUGGGCUUUGACCUCGACGAGGCUCUAAUCCAGCGAGCUCAGCAGACCAACCCUCUGCCCCGCAGCAUCUCCUUCAUCCCUCUGGACAUCACAACAGACACAGAGCAGCUGCAGCGUUACCUGGAGCAGCACGGCUGCUCUCACUUCCACUUGAGUCUGUGCCUGGCUGUCACUAUGUGGGUCCAUUUGAACCACGGAGACUCGGGCCUGCUGCAGCUUCUCUCUCACCUGGCCUCCAUCAGUCAGCAUCUCCUGCUGGAGGCGCAGCCGUGGAAGUGUUAUCGCUCGGCGGCUCGGCGGCUGAGGAAGCUGGGUCGCUCGGACUUUGACGUCUUCAAGACCCUGAAGAUUCGUGGGGACAUGGCUACACAUGCCAGGGAACACCUGGAGAGAGACUGUGGCAUGGAGCUUAUCCAGAGCUAUGGCAGCACUGUGUGGGACCGCAAACUGCUACUGUUCAGGAGGAGAUUGGUCUAAAGGGACAGUGUUGAGUUUUCAUCUGCUGCACAGGAGCUGCAGGGACAUGAUUAUACAAUCAUUUCACUGGUUGCAGCUUUAGAAAUAUAAGAGUUUCGUUAAUCUGGGUAUUACUGGGGUGUGUAUGCUUGGUUUAACAAAAAUAAACACAUUUAGUUAAUAAGUGCCAUUUUAAAGACACUCUACAAAUAAUCUUUUAAUCAAGUAAUAAAAAUGCUUUGAAUGUAAUACAAGUUUUAGUGCAUAAUGGCUUUAAAACAAAAAUCUAUCGAUUAUUAUGUUUAGAAUUAGCCUUUUUUUUUAUUGCCACUAUGGGUCACGUUUUGAAGCAGAAGCUUACAACACAAACCAAGACGAAUGAUUAUCUUCCUGGUAUGUGAAGGCCACCUAGCUACCUCACAUACUAGGGUAAAGGAAGGAGUCCUCCAUUUGUUACAAUCCAGUCUCACCACUAGAUGUCACCAACUCUUACACAUUAGACCUUGAACAGACCAAAUUCCUGGAGCCUGAGAUGUUGUCUACAAACAGCUGUGUCACAGCCUUAAACCAGAAGACAGUCAAGUAUGCGAUGAUGUAAGACAUCAAGAAAAAACAUUUCACUUUCAUCUGAUAAAAGCCAUGGAAAACAA